AUGGUACUUCAUCCAACUUUGAUGUUAGAUAAAUCGGCAGCGUUUUUUAAAAAUACAAAAGUUAUUUCAGGUUCAUAUGUAAGAAUGAAAUAAGGAAAUCCAGAAGUAAAAAAUAAUAUAAAGAAGGCCGUUCAAUUUAAUGAAAUUACAAACAAAACUCCAGCAGAACAUGAAACUAAAUCUACAUAUACAACAUCAACAUAUUCAUAUAAUAUAAAUAUUAUAUUGAAAGUGAUGUUUAUAAAGUGA